AUGAAGGCUUCCAUGCUGUCUUUAUGGUGUUACUUUGGGCUCCUCUGGACUCUCGCAGCGAGUGCCAGUAUCCCCCGAUACUUCGAGAAACACUUGACCACCCGUCGUCACUUGACUAGUGCACAGGUCCAAGAAGAACUCGGCACCCUUGUCUCCAAAACAGCCACCAUCUUCGGGCCGAAUGAUAGUCGUUUCCCCAAUAUUACUUCUAGAUGGCAGGACACUUUUAAGCCACACAUUCAAGUCGUCAUCGAACCUGGAACCGAAUCCGAUGUUGCAACAAUCGUCAAAUACUGCAAUGAGAAUAGUAUAGAAUUUCUGGCCCUCAAUGGUGGUCACGGCCUGGCAGCAAGUCUUCGUUCAUUCAAUGGUAUUCAAGUAAGUAUGUGGCAGCUCAACAGCAUCACCAUCCAACCUAGUGGGAAGUCAGCCUGGUUCGGAGGCGGCACCAUUGUGGGUCCAGUCAUCGAAUAUCUUUGGGACAAGGGCUAUGUCACCACCACUGGCGGGUGUGAGUGCGUUGGGAUGCUAGGCGCCGGUCUUGGGGGUGGUCACGGUCGAUUUGAAGGCUUGUACGGCUUGAUUACCGACAACAUCCUGCAGCUUAACGUUGUAUUGGGCGAUGGGUCUCGCAUUCGUGUCAACUCAACGAGCCACAGUGAUCUUCUCUGGGGCAUGAAAGGAGCCGGUCACAAUUUUGGCAUCGUGACGAGUUACGAGAUGAAUAUCUAUCCCCGGGGUCCCGAGACCUGGCACUACCACAACUACGUCUGGCGUGGCGAACAUUUGGAGCGUGUUUUCAAUGCUCUCAAUCAGUUUCAUGGCGACGGCACGACUCCCGUCAAUAUGGCCUUUGAAGUCGGAAGUUUCACCAUGAACACCACUAUAAGCAGCGAUGAACCUGUUCUCUUUUGGACUUUUACCUAUCGCGGUGAUGCCGAGGAGGCAGAGAAACUUCUCGCUCCCUUCAACGCUAUAGAGUCAGUCUUCGAUGUAGUUGGUGACGUGCCUUACCCGAAGAUUGCCGCUGCGCAGGGCACCGGCAUGUACGACCCCAUCUGUGAGCAUGGAAAGUUGCACGCGACAUCGACAGCAUUUCUGCGGGUCUACAACCUGACGGCCGAGCGCCUCAUCUAUGAGGGCUUCAAAAAGCGCGCGGUCCAAGACGCAGAGCUCGCAGCCGGCGCGACCAUCAUGCACGAGGGCUACGCGACGGAGGGAGUCGAGGCCGUGCCGUCUGCGAGCACAGCCUACCCCUUUCGCGCGUACCGGCACCUAAUGCUCUUCGACACCGUCACGGCGCAAGGUGAUACUGCCCGCGAGAAAGCAGCCUGGGCCUGGGCCGCCGAGGUUCGCGACCAGUGGAACGCCGGCCAGCCGGACCUCCCCGUCAACGCCUAUGUCAACUAUGCUAUGGGCUUGGAGACCCUGGAGCAGCGGUACGGCCAUGAGAAAUGGCGACUUGACAGGUUGCGGGGCCUCAAGGCUCGGUAUGACCCCCAGAAUCGCUUCCGCUUCUAUAACCCCAUCGUUAUUAAAUAA